CUCCACGCGGCGGCGCAAGCGGGGCACGUGCGCGACGUGCAGCUGCUGCUCGCGCGCGGCGCCGACGCCAACGCGCGCGACAAAAAGGGCGAGACGCCGCUGCUCAAGGCGGCGGCGCGCGGCCAGACCGCCCUGCUGCUCGCGCGCGGCGCCGACGCCAACGCGCGCGACAAAAAGGGCGAGACGCCGCUGCUCAAGGCGGCGGCGCGCGGCCAGACCGCCGUGUGCCGGCUGCUGCUGCAGGCGCGCGGCGACCCGGCGGCGGCCAGCUCGUCGGGCGCGACGGCGCUG